AUGGAUAAAGUAAAAGUUAACACUAGUUUGCUUCGCAAAAUAAGGCGGAAAAGAAAAAUUAAAUACGAAAACAGAAUAUUUCAUAAUGAUUGGACAAAAAAAUAUGCAUUUAUUGAAAGAAACAAUAAACCUAUGUGUUUAAUUUGCAAUAUAGAACUUGCUCAUAACAAGACAUGCAAUGUUAAACGUCAUUAUGAAACAAAACAUAAACAAUUUUCUGAAGAAUAUCCGUUAUGUUCAAAUUACAGAAAGAAUAAAAUUGAAUUGCUCAAAACGAAAAAUAAAAAUCAACAACUAAAUAUUUCAUCUUACAGCCAAGAAUCAAUUAAUACAACAGAAGCAAGUUUUGUUAUAGUAUGGAAUAUUGCCAGAGGUAAACAUCCUUAUACCGAUGGAGAAUUUGUAAAGCAAAACAUUUCAGAUGUCCUGUCGGUUUUAGAUCCUAGUAAUAGCAAAAUCCAAAGAUUAGUAUCACAAAUUCCUAUUUCUCGACAUACAACCGAAAGAAGAAUAUCUGAGAUUAGUAUUGAUGUUGAACAGCAAUUACUAAACGAUUUAAAAAACUGUGAAGCAUUUAGUUUAGCUGUAGAUGAAUCAACAGAUAUUCAAGACAAGCCUCAAAUGGCUGUAUUCGUUAGAUAUGUGACUUCAGACGUAAUUGUAAAAGAAGAGUUACUAGAUUUAGUUGAGUUGAAAGACACAACUCGUGGAGUUGAUAUCAAGGAAGCCCUUGACAAAGCUCUGCUUAAAGCUAAUGUACCUAUCAACAAGCUUGUUAGUGUUGCUACAGAUGGUGCAUCAGCAAUGGCUGGAAAACAUUUAGGACUUAUAGGCUUAUUAAAAAGUGACCCUAAGUAUCCAGAAUUUAUCCCAAUUCAUUGUAUUGUAAAUUAUAUUCGAGCAAAUGCAAAAAAUCACAGACAGUUUAGAAACUUUAUAAAUGAAUUGGAUCUUGCUGACGAGCCAAGUGACGUGUCAUUUUUCUGUUCUGUAAGAUGGCUUUCAAGUAGUGACGUUUUUUAUAGAUUUGUAGAACUAUUAGAGCCAAUUAAAUGUUUUUUGAUUGAAAAAGAAAAGACAUUUGAAAUCCUAGAUGAUAUAAAUUUUGUGCAAGAUCUUUUAUUUUUGACUGAUAUAAUGCAACAUUUAAAAAGUCUGAAUUUGUUUCUUCAGGGAAAAGAAAAAAAUAUAUCUGAUCUUGCACAAACGAUAUUUAGUUUUCAAAAAAAAAUUAUUCUUUUUCAGAAAGAUCUUAGCUUGAAAAAAUUUAAUCAUUUUCCUCAAAUGAAGAAGAUGAUUACUUCUAAUCCUUCAAUUCAGUAUGAUGACGAUAAGAUUGAAUCAUACUUGGACAAACUAAAGGAUUUACAAAAAGACUUUCAAAAAAGGUUUAAAGAUUUGCAUGAACUAAAAUCUUCUUUAGGAUUUAUAGUAAAUCCUUUUUUAAUUAAUAUUAUUAGUAAUGGCUGUCCAAUUCCUGAAAAAAUGCUUGAAGAUAUAUCUCAAUUUGAAAUGGAACUACUAGAUCUCCAAGAAGAUCAAAAUCUACUUAUGCUGCAUAAAACAAUAACUUUUAUGGAAUUUUGGAAGAUAGCUCCCGAGGUUAAGUAUCCUCAACUUAAAAAGAUUGCCAUAAAAUUCAUUUCAAUUUUUGGUUCAACGUAUACAUGUGAAUCUUUAUUCUCUACUAUGAAAUUUGUCAAAUCAAAGUAUCGUGCAAAUCUAACCAACGAGCAUUUGUCUGAAUUACUUAGAACAGCCACUACAAGUUUGAAACCAGAUUUUAAGAAACUUACCAGUAAAGUUAUGAGUAUUAGUUUGAUCAAAUGUAUUUUACCUGUAACUUCAUUUACUGGAGGACGCAUUUCAGUUUUGUUUGAAGAUGCGUCUGCGCGAGCAAAAGAUCGCAAAGCUUCUGAGCUUUUGGAUAAGUACAAUUUGUACGAGCAUAUAAAGUUUGAGAUAUAA